GUGAUGCUUGCAUCUCUCGAAGCAGCAAAGGACAAGCUCUCAAUCUACUAUAAAGACACUGACAAUAUAGAUGGUUAUCUCUACGCCAUUGGCACCAUUCUUUCUCCACAGGAUAAACUUCACCUUGAGUCCUCUCUCGAGAAGUACUCGGAGAAUCUUGCCCAGGAGCAGCAGAUAUUGGGUGCUCCCCCAACAAACACAGUCUCAAAUGCCCAACCUCGAACCUGGUGGAAAUAUUACCAAGAUGAAUUCCCUGGAAUGGCGAGGCUUGCACGAGAUGUUCUCUCUAUUCCAGCUAGUGGUGCAGGAGCUGCAAAGGAAGAGAGAACUCAGCAACAAAUCACUGUUGAUCCAAUUAGUGAUGAUGAAGAGGAUGAAGGGCUUUCUAUAGAGCCCCGAGCAACUUUGCAUGGCCCAUCUACAAAGGCACUUGGCAAAAGACGCCUAAGGGAUAUAGCCGAGGAUGCGGAAAGUAACCAGGAGGAUGAUAGUAAGGUUACGUCUCUGCUAGAGAUUCAGCAUCAAGUGUUAGGUAGAGUUCGCAAGCGUUCAAG